UUCUGUCACUGUCUGUCACAGUUAUGUGUGCACUAUUGAAGUUGAGUACAGGCGAAGCCACGUUGACACUAAAACUAUUGUUUCCCGGGGGGUUUCUUGCCUUCACCGGACCGUCACGUCGUCACCGUACACCUGGCUUCGCAGGAACCCUCGGCUGGAACAUUUAGAGAAAGGAGACUGUCAGAGAAGAACCAACAUCUGACAAGAUGAGUGUUGGAUUCAUUGGAGCGGGCCAGCUGGCUCAUGCACUGGUGAAAGGGUUCAUGGCUGCAGGUGUGAUUGCCACACACAGGAUAACAGCCAGUUCCCCAGACUCUGAGCUGCUAACGGUGGCAGGGUUGAGGAAAAUGGGGGUAAACCUGACGACGAGCAACAAAGAGGCGGUCAAUAAGAGUGACGUGCUGUUCCUGGCCGUGAAACCCCACAUCAUCCCCUUUGUUUUGGAUGAAAUUGGGCCAGACAUCGAGGACCGUCACCUCAUCGUCUCCUGCGCAGCAGGCGUGACAAUCAGCUCCAUAGAGAAGAAGCUGCUCCAGUACCGUACAGCUCCUAAAGUCAUGAGGUGUAUGACAAAUACCCCAGUGGUGGUGAGAGAAGGAGCUACAGUGUACGCGACUGGGACACAUGCUCAGGUGGAAGAUGGCAAGUUGCUGGAGCAGCUGAUGGGCAGUGUAGGUUUUUGUACCGAGGUGGAGGAGGACCUUAUUGAUGCUGUCACUGGGCUGAGUGGCAGUGGACCUGCCUACGCAUUCACAGCCCUUGAUGCUCUUGCUGACGGAGGAGUGAAGAUGGGUCUCCCUAGAAGACUGGCUGUCAGACUUGGAGCUCAGGCCCUAUUGGGAGCAGCUAAGAUGCUGCUGGACUCAGAGCAGCACCCCGGCCAGCUAAAGGAUAACGUGUGCUCCCCAGGGGGCGCCACCAUCCAUGCCCUGCACGUCCUCGAAAGCGGCGGCUUCCGUAGCCUGCUGAUCAACGCAGUGGAGGCUUCGUGCAUUAGAACACGGGAGCUGCAGUAUCUGGCAGACCAGGAGCGCAUCUCUCCAGCAGCCAUUAAGAAGACUACGCUGGACAAGGUGCUCCAGCAGCCCGGCGUGGAAGUCAGCGGUGUUGCUAAUGGGAACGGCAGGUCGGGGCUCAGCCUGUUUAACAACCGCGGCCCCAGUAUCAAGAAAAAGAACUGAGACACACACAAGCUACGGCUCAUCUGGUCUUAAAUUGCUUCUAAAAUACUUGACAUUUAUUCCAAAUAAUUUAUUCAUGACUGAAGUUAUAUCCCAACUUUGACCCUGCAGGUUUCACGGCCACUUUACACACAAGCUUAGGUGCAUUCUGGAGGCUCUGCAGACCGCUAUGGCCUCAUGUUGGGAUGCAGGAUUACAGUGUACACAAAAAUAUGCACAAUGACAAAUCCAACUACACACUGAAGAGCAAAAAGACAUUUACAAUGAGUAGUCUGUCUGGGGUGAAGACUACUGAACAGUUAUGUCCCACUCUGCCGUCAUGGGCUCCUGUUACACACAGACGAUGAAGAAGUCUUUAUUAUUAUUAAAUUAAGCCGUAAUGUAAAUCUCUCUACCCUCAUUUGACUUCUGCUAGUACUUGUAUUUUGUUUAACCAACAGUAUUACAGUAUCAUGAUUUAAAACAAAACGUGACAAACAAAUGCAUAAAUGUCCCCCAAUCCAGUCGAAUCUAAUAUUUGUUGGUGCAUCUUUAUUUUGUUUUUUAUUUCCUUUUUGUUAUACCUGUAUUCCAGAAAGGCUCUUUUUACAUUUUCUCUCAAAGGAAUUUAAGGUGGUUACCUGGAAAUCUCACCGGACAAUUAUCGACACAAUACAUUUGUAUAGAUUAUGAUGUAUCAGCAUCACAUCAAUCCGCGCUGUGUGUUUUGUAAUGCUGGUUAUAUUUGUAUCCCCAUAAUGUUACAUGUUAUAUACAUUUAAAAAAAAAAGUCAAAACGUUAAAAUUAAAAAAGCAGAUUGUUA